AUGGCAUCAAGGCAGAGCAAGAGCAAGGCAUACAAGGCCGCUCAAGCACCAGAGCUCGAGCACGCCAAGUCGAUUUCACAGUCGUUUGAGAGCUUCCAGCAGUCGCAAUUAUCGGCUACUACAAACAUCAAUUAUGUCCGCUACCAAUCUGAGGGAGAGCCCCAGGAACUGACGCUGAGAUCUCGCGCGGAAAUCACUAGAUUGCCUGACGCAUCAGCCAACAACAGCAUCGAAGUCUUCUUCGUAUACAAAGAUCUAGUUGCGAACCCUCUUAUGCCAGCCGAGCAAGAAAAACUGCAAAUCUCGGCGCCAAGCUUCGAAGCGCUGGCCACACGACUCACCCUUCCAUCGGCCUUCAUUUUUGCGCUUUCUCGCCAUUACCUCCCCAACGGCAGAGGAUUUCGACAACUCAAGAUCGAAAAUCAUGCCUCCCAGGUGUACGACUGCUGGUACUUCAUCCCCGUCCGCGUGCAGAUGGAACCCCAAGCGGGCGUUGCAGAGGACGAGCGAGGCGCCGGGCAGAUGAACCCGUUCCACAAGCUUCACCUCCCCAACGCCCGACGAAACAUAUUUCGCUCCUGCGUGGGCAUCUUUACCAGAGUAGAUCCGACCUCCAAGAAGGUGACGGUGGUAACGUUUGACUUCAUGCACGGGCGAUGGUGCAAGGUCGCCCAGGAGCCCAAAACUCGCAUCGCCGAGGUGAUGAAGCACCUGAAGAGCACGGAUGAGACCAGUACGAGGCACUGCAACGGCGCUUUUGUCCACCUCGUCUACAUCAGCAGCGCCGUGCGGUGGUGGACCAACUCGCUCAACAGCGUGAACGAGCAGCUCAUCGCCUACGAGAUGGAGCUUCAGUCGGAGCUUGAUGCGGUGGGUGUGACGCCAGAGGCCACGCUUACAAAAUUGAGCCGGGCGCUUCAUUCGAUUUCUGCACAUCUGCAUCGCUACUUGUCAGAGCUCAAGUCUCUCCGGGGAAUUGUGACGGAUUUGAUUGGCUUUUACGAUUCCAUGUAUUGCGACGAGGAGGGAAAAGACAAGGAUGAAGGGCUGGAGAAGGCGAACCGCGGCUUCAAACAGGUUCUUUCACAGAUCGAAGCAUCGCUUGACUUCGCAACAGAGCUAGAGAAGAAGACGCAGAAUAUCCUUGAUCUUCUCUUUAACCGCAUCCAGAUCAACAGCGACAGACUGCUUGUUGCUAACGGCAGGGCCAUGGAAGAGAUAUUGAGAGCGAUGCGGGCCGAUACAGAUGUUGGUCGGAAAAUGGCCGAUGCAUCACACCAACUUGCCGUGGAGAUGAAGAGGGAUAGCAUUGCAAUGAGAACGAUCGCUAUUAUCACGAUGGCAUUCCUCCCUGCAGCUACCUUUGCGACCGUAUUGUCAAUGCCGUUUUUCAGUGACGACCCCUGGCUCAAGGAGGCCGAUCGCAUUUGGGUUUGGGUUCUCCUAACAGUCUCAGCCACGUCAGGAUGUUUUCUGUUUUACAGGCUAUGGAGAAAGAAAUCACAACGCAAAGUGGCUGACGAGGAAGAGGCAACAAACGGCGGCACUUAG